AUGUCUCUCGCCCAGCACGUUACUGCUACCGAGGGUGUCGAUCGCGAAGUCGCCGACGACGACUCUCUGAGCAGGGGACUCUGGCGCCCCUUGAGUUAUGAUCCCGUAGCACCAACAGAGGGGCCCUCAUCCCAGGACCUGGAACCUCUGCCGCAUAUACCUGCCUACAAAGUUCCAAACACCAAGAGAAUCGCUCAGGUAGUUUUUGGCACAGUUCUCUGCUGCCUCGCCUCGGGCAUUGUCUUUGGGUUUGCGAGUCUCAAGCCCGUUUUGAUAAGCGAGGGCGUCUAUGGCGAACUAUGCGAUGCCAAAGGCAGCGGCCAUGCAGACGGUGACGAGGUCCCCUGCCCCGAGCAGGACAUGCGGCUGAACCUCUUCUUCAUCUCUGCGUCCAUCAUGACCAACGCAUCGUCGCUUCUCGCCGGUUAUGGGUUGGACCGCUUCGGAAGACGCGCAUGCUACACGGCAUCGGCUUUCUUCCUUGCAGCGGGUUGCCUCUUGCUCGGCUACGCCUUUGCCAUCCCCGAGUUCGACGGGUACGUCUCUGGCAACGUUUUGUUGGCCCUAGGCGGCACCUUCCUCUUCGUCCCGUCCUUUGAGCUCGCGAACGCGUUCCCGAAGUACUCUGGUAUCAUCGUCGCGACCAUAACCGGCGCCUUCGACGCUUCGGCCGCCGUCUUCCUCUUCUACCGGCUCGCCUGGGAGGCGACGGGCGGCGCCUUCGCGCCGAAUCAAUUCUUCUUCUGCUACCUGAUCGUGCCGCUGAUCCUCAUCGUCGGCGAGUGGACCCUCAUGCCGCGCGGGGCCUACUACACGACGCCCGAGCUCGAGCACAAGAUCGAGAAGGCCCUGGACGUGACGGCCGACGUGCACAGCUCCGACGACGAGAUCGACAGCCCGCGCGAGCUGCGUCGCGUGCGUAGCUCACGGGCUGAUCUCCGUGCCGCGAGGCUCGACCAGAUUGAGGAGGUCAUCGGCGACGCCGACCACCGCGAGGAGCGCGCCAUCAAGGAAGAGGAGCGCCAGCUCAACAGUGGUGUCUGGGGAGUCCUGCACGGCCAACCUGCCCACCGGCAGAUGAUGACGGCCUGGUUCGUGCUCAUCCUGCUGCUCACGGUGCUGCAGAUGCUCCGGAUGAACUACUUCAUCGCCACCAUUCGCUCCCAGUACCGCUACCUGCUGCAGUCGGAAGAGGCUGCCGAGGCCAUCAACGACUUCUUCGACGUGGCGCUGCCUGUCGGCGGUGUUAUCGCUACGCCGUUUAUUGGACUGCUUCUCGAUAACAUGAGCGUCGCCACGACCCUCGCUAUACUUACGGGGUAUAUCGCGGUGAUCGGCGUGCUCAACUGCCUGCCGUUCGUCUGGGCGGGCUACGCGACGGUCGUUGCCUUCGUGUUGUUCCGCCCUCUGUACUACUCCACCAUCUCUGACUACGCGACCAAGGUCUUCGGCUUCGCCACCUUCGGCCGCGUAUACGGGACUAUCACGUGUCUUUCGGGCCUCGUCAACUUCUCGCAGGCGGCCCUCGACGCGCUGACCCACGGCCCGCUCAAUGGCGACCCGACGCCUAUCAACAUCGCUAUGGGCGUUGCGGGUACGGCUAUUGGCAUUGCCCUGACGGUCUACGUCAUGAUCAAGGGCCGGAACUUCCGCAGGGCGCUUGAGAGAGAUGAUCCUAAGGGGAGGGACGAGCGGAUCGGGCUGAUACGCGAGGAACAGGAGGAAUAUGGGACUAUGGGAUGA